AUGGCAUCCUCCAAGCUCAUCGCCGGUCUCUUCCUCGCCCUGGCUCUUCUGAUCGCCACCACGCCGCAGCCCUCGGGAGCCACCAGGUCCGAGCCCACCCCGUCGCCGGCGCCGUCAUCGAGCCCGUCGCCGUACUGCAUCUCGUGGUUCGUGGGGAUGAGCCCGUGCAUGGACUUCCUCACCGACGCAAGCGUGGCCGCGCCCUCGAGCGGGUGCUGCAAGGGCCUCCAGGGGCUCGUCGACGGCGCGCCCAUGUGCCUGUGCUACGCCAAGAACGGGGACAUCGACAACCUCAUGCCGGCGAACACGGAUUUCAGCCGCGUCGCCGACCUCCCGUCGACCUGCGGCGUCGCGUUGCCGGUGGAAGCACUCUCAGAGUGCGAAAGAAGACGAUCAUCAGUAGCAGCAGGCGAUUGA